GCCGCCCACUGCAGCACAACAACCUGGAAACGCUCUGCGUGUCCUUUUCAAACAAACCAGCCCUCUGUUAGCUGAGACUGAGAGGAGGGAGGCGCAGGGCAGGAAGCUGCUGACAGGCGUCCAUGUGGCAGAACACAUCUGCACCCAGUUCCUGCGCUCUUUAACGCAUCCGAAGCUGCUUUGCUCUCCGUGUCAUCUUACAUCCUGCCUUCAGACGGCGAGAGGCAUUAUCCAGGGAGACGACGGCACUGAAUGGACACAACAUGGGCUCAGAUGAGGCUUACAACUUUGUAUUUAAGGUGGUUCUAAUUGGAGAAUCUGGAGUUGGGAAGAGCAACCUGUUGUCCCGGUUCACGAAAAACGAGUUCAACCACGACAGUCGCACGACCAUCGGGGUGGAGUUCAGCACACGGACGGUGCAGCUCAACGGCUUCACCAUCAAGGCGCAGAUCUGGGACACGGCAGGUCUAGAACGAUACCGGGCCAUCACGUCUGCGUACUACAGGGGCGCCGUCGGAGCCCUGCUGGUCUAUGACAUCACCAAACAUCUCACCUAUGAGAGCGUGGAGCGCUGGCUGAAGGAGCUGUACGACCACGCUGACCCCCACAUGGUGGUGAUGCUGGUGGGCAACAAAACGGACCUGGAGUCAGAGAGAUCUGUGCCCACAGAGGAGGCCAAAGACUUUGCAGAAAAGAAAGGUCUGCUGUUUCUGGAGACGUCUGCCUUGCAGUCAACUAAUGUGGAAGCAGCGUUCAACCAGGUCCUGGCAGAGAUUCACAAGAAAGUGAGCAGCAAAGAAGUGGUGCGAGGCUCCAUAAAUGCUGUGACCCUGAACAGCCCCAGAGGAGAAACUGAAGAGAAGAAGCCCUGCUGCAAGAACAUCUGAACCCACUGGGGGGUCCAGGGACCCACCUACCACGCUGGGAAUGAAGUCUAUAAGAGUCAGGCGACAUGGAGACCUCGUGUGCCCAAAUAAAUGGUUUAUGGUUUGGUGUU